AUGGAUGGCACAGUGGCCACAGACUUCUAUCAACUUGGCCUCGGUCACCUGAAGCAUGGAGACUUGAGGGCAGCCUAUGAGGAGUUCCGGGAAGCCACCCGCAUGGACCCCACGAACUUCGAGAUUUGGCAGAUGUACGAAGAGACCUACAGGAAGGUGGAAAAGGACAUCGAAGCCCAGCACCUGACCCGGCGGCCGGUGGAGAGUCUCGCCGGACGCCGCGAAAACGGCACCGCGCUGCCGCACUUCACUCUCAAGGUCAGCCGAAGCACAUCGUCCUUUGCAGAUGAUGGAGAGGACGUGGAUGAGGCUCACGCCCGCGCGGUGUUCCUGCGCGGAGGCAGCCUUUUUGCGCAUUAUGUCCCAGAGGUGCAGCCAGCGGUGGAUAACCUCGAGAUGGUCGCGGGCAAUCCUAAGAUCUACUUCUGCAUGUUGCUGUCCUGGCUGCUGACCUUUCUGAUGGUUAUCUACCACUACCGCGCCAGAAUCCAUCACAGGGGCAUGCACGCCGGGGAGAAAUGCGGCUGGGUGGCCCUGGCGCUGGCGGCCUUGAUCUACGUGGUGCGCCGCCACCAGCAGCAGCACUUCCGGCUCCGGGCGUCCGACGUCAUCAAGGUACUUUGCCUUCUUGUGAUUUUUGUGUGCACCUUGUACCAUAUCUCGAGAUACGGCAAGACGUCGUGA